AUGGGAGAUCUUUUCCUCAACAAAACAGUUUUGAAAGCGAGGUUUGAGUUAUGUGCAAUGAAGCAUAACUUUCACUACACAGUUACCAACUCCAAUAAAUCAGUUUGGUGUAUUAGAAGCGCUGAUAAGGUGUGCUUUUGGGGUGCUCGAGCUGAGUGUUUGAAGGGCUCCACAUAUUUUAUUAUUAAGAAGUAUGUCGGUGUACAUUCCUGCGCACCUUCAAACAAAACCAGUGCCGGAAAGACAGCUUCAGCGAAAACGAUAGGCAGUCUGCUAAUGCAUAAAUAUGAAGGUAUCAAGGAAAGGCCUAAAGCGAAAGAUAUUGUUCAGAUUAUGCGUAAUGAUUAUGGAUGUGAGAUCUCUGAUUCUUUAGCAUGGGAUUCCCGUGAAUAUGCAGUCAACGCUGUUAGAGGUAUUCCAGAGGAAAGUUAUGGGAAAAUACCAAAAUACUUGCACAUGCUGCGAGAGGCCAAUCCGGCGUUUGGUCAAUCGAUCAGAGGCUUUAACACAGUCAUGAGGCGUGUCAUUGUUGUCGAUGGAACAUUCUUGAAGAGUAAAUUCAAAGGGGUGCUACUGGUUGCAACUGCUAUAGAUGGAAAUUCAAAUUUAUAUCCUAUUGCAUUUGGGAUAGUAGACUCUGAGAAUGAACAGUCUUGGGAAUGGUUUAUGAGACAAUUAAAAGUUGUUGUUGCUGAUGACAAUGGUUUGGCUUUUAUUUCAGAUAGACAAGUGUCAAUAGCGAAGGCACUGGAGAAAGUGUAUCCGCUAGCGAGACAUGGUAUUUGUAUUCAUCAUUUGUUGAAUAAUGUGAUAUCGUAUUUCAAGGGGAAGGGAUUAGCUGGGUUGAUUUCAAAGGCUUAUAGAGUGGUUGAUUUCAAGAAGACGUUUGCUCAUGUUUGCAAUAUCAGUCCAGCAAUUGGAAAUUAUCUUAUGGAAGCAGAUGUCAAAAAGUGGGCUAGAUGUCAAUUUCAUGGAUACAUGUAUGACAUUAGGACAAACAAUCAUGCAGAGUCGAUAAAUUCUUCGUUGCGUUCGCCGAGAGAGUUUCCCGUAAUUCCUUUGUUGUACAGUAUUAGAGAAAUGCUGACACGCUGGUUUUUUAAGCGUAAGCAAUCGAUUUCAAAGCACACCCACCGUUUGACCAUAAAUGUGGAGGAAAAGAUUGAUAGGAGAAUUGGAAAGGGGGAAACUUUCAGAGUUUACCCUGUAACCGAUAGCCAGCUGCAUGUUAAAGGCGAUACAAUUGACUGCUUUGUUGAUUUGGACAAACAGACUUGUUCUUGUGGGAAGUACGACCUCUUGAAAAUCCCUUGUAGACACGCAAUAAAAGCUGGUUUCUUUGUUGGUAGAGAACCAUAUACAUUGACUGAUUUUUUUGUAUACCACGGGAGCUUGGAGAGAAGCUUAUCAAGAAAGCAUAAAUCCCAUUUCAGUUCCUGA